AUGGAACCAUCUGAUCUCAAUAUCAGCGAAGACCCCGUGGUGUAUUUGCCGCAGGAAGUCAAGAGCUUGCUGCAGAGGGUGGCCGAGGGUAAUAGAGCUACUGGAGGGCUGAAUUUUAUAGCAAAAGUCUAUGGCAUUGCUGGUUGUAUCAAUUUUUUGGAGUCAUAUUAUUUGAUAUUGGUAACAAAACGGAGGCAAAUCGGAAGUAUAUGUGGUCAUGCUAUAUAUUGUAUUGAUGAGAGCCAAAUAAUUACAAUUCCGCAUGUCUCUGUUCAAACUGAUGUUGCUCAUUCGAAAACUGAGCUGAGUUCACACGUCAAGAAUAAUUGCCUAUGGGGCCAAAUAAUGUCUAUGUGUGAAAUUCGAAAUAUUUGUGUAGCUAAGGUGCUUCAGUCAGAGAAUGGUUUCUUGGAAGUCUUUGAGUUCAUGAGGUUAGAAACAGGGGAUUGCUUGUUCGUUUGCCUUUCGAUACAUGGAGGCUUUGAGCCGUAUAUGGAGGAUGCUGCUGGGACGGUGGUAUCAUCCUGGUAA